CCUUAAAACCGUAGACGAAGAAGACCACCUCGGUCAACCUGAGCUCUGUUGUGUUGUGAACACAUUUUUUCUAGCUUGCAGCUGAACGGUGCUAUGACAUGUACUCGAACAAGUUUGGCCGCCUUAUGUUAGGACUGUACAGCCGCAGACAGGCCGCCGUGUGCGGCGUGGCGCAGAGGGCCGCGGGUCUGACCGGUUCCAGCUGGACGGUGGUGUGUAAACAGCGGACACUGUGGCUGCAGAGGAGCGUAUUCCUGGAGACGGAGAGACGAGCUACACUCCCCCUGACCAGCGCUCGGUCGGCCUCCCAAACCACAGUGGACCCCAGCGAGUUGAGGAGGUUCCAGUCGCUGGCCGGCAAGUGGUGGGACGAACAGGGAGAAUUUGCAGCUCUUCAUGCCAUGAAUGACCUGAGGGUGCCUUUUAUACGGGAUAAUCUGCUGAAUGUGCACAGAGCCCGCCAUCCUGGAAAACCACUGGCAGGACUGAGCAUCCUGGAUGUUGGCUGCGGAGGAGGCCUGCUCACAGAGCCCCUGGGUCGACUGGGAGCUGACGUGUUGGGGAUAGAUCCAGUAGAAGACAGCGUCAGCACCGCUCACCUGCAUUCGUCAUACGACCCCGACCUACGGGACCGCGUGUCCUACCGGGCCUGCACCCUGGAGGAGCUCUCGGGAGACGGGGAGGAAGGACAAGCAGAGACCCAGUUUGACGCUGUCGUGGCGUCGGAGGUUGUGGAACAUCUGGCCGAUCUGGAAACGUUUGCCUACUGCUGCAGCCAAGUGCUUAAGCCAGGCGGCUCACUCUUCAUCACGACUAUAAAUAAAACCAACCUGUCAUAUGCUCUGGGUAUCGUGGUAGCCGAGCAGCUGCUGCGCAUCGUCCCCAGCGGGACGCACGACUGGGAAAAGUUCAUCAGCCCAGUAGACCUGGAGCGCCUCCUGGAGUCCUAUGGUUUCUCGGUGCAGUCAGUCCAAGGAAUGAUGUACAACCCUCUAUCAGGAGCGUGGAGCUGGACCGACAGCACCGCCAUCAACUACGCCCUCCACGCAGUCAAACCAGGGGACCCAGCCGAGGACGGCAGCACCCACCCAGAGGACCCCGCCGUGGCCACACACACCUGAGCCGCUCCACUGGAGAACAAGAAAAAGGAAAAAUAAGAACUCAGACGUGCGGAGACCUGACGUCCCUUUGCCAGCUGUCACAGCAUGAACAGAUUUUAUUUAAGGACAGCGACAAAAAGCCUGGAGUCAGAAUUACAGAUGUACUGUAGCUGCAGAGCUACACACGGUGUUUGAUUGCUCUGUGCUGUUGGAGUGUUUUAGAAAUGUUCACUGUUUGAUAAUCUGUGCACGGCCACUGUGCGUCCUCUGGCUAAAUAUUUUGCCGUGUCCUCCAUUAAAAUUGACUUUCAAUGAGC